CCCUCCAAACCAGCCUGUGGUUUCGCACAGCCACGAGCGUUUGUCGAGCCCGUGUGGCUGUGGGCGCUUGUGUUUCUCUCGCUCGUCUUUUUAUAGCGUAACUGCGGCACUAGUGGCUGGUCUUUAAUCAGAGACUGGAGAGGCGGGCCGAGGUGCUGACUGUAAUGCGAUAGCUGCGCCCGUCCUUAAUGUUAUUACAUCCACAUGCUGCUGCCGCGCGAGACUCAGCGCUCAAACGAAGAGACGCGCAGUGCCAAAGAGACAGCGCGCGGAGUAUCUCUAUCAUAAGACUUCAGUUACACACCCUCUGCACAGAAGACCAUAUCCGAACUGCCCUUUUCUGACAGUUUUCCGCUGUGGCAGUGUUUCCCAUUCGAGAGCGUUUGGUGGUGGAUUCUGUGGGGAUGAGACCGGGAAAACGCUUCACGUCAGUUGGAUUUGAAGGCGAGAGAACGCGCCGCUCACCUCACUCACUCACUCGUUGCUAUAGCUCGAGGAAAUCAAGCCAAAACAUGUUUUCGGCCUGAAAGAGAAAGUUGUUUAGUUUUAUUCAGCCGUUUUAUAUUUCGUUGCUUUUGCUUAGGAUAUAACUGGAGAUGUUAAACAGCCAAGUCUGGGUUGAAUUUACGCAUCCAGCAUUUUGAAGCACAUUGAGAAAGCAGGCGGAAGAAAUUGUUAUCAGACUCAAGACUCGGUGGAUACAUCAUCAGCGGACAAGAACAUUUUCAAAGAACAUCACAAGAACUUCAGCAUUUCCACUGCUAGCACUGGGUGACUAUCACCCGGAAAAGAUGGAUUUAUUCACAAAGCUCUGUGGAUCUUUACUUGUCUUGUGUGCGACAUUAGUUUAUGGAGAGGAGGAGCCAUGUGGUGGGCAUUUGGAUGCCAGUGACGCAGGAUACAUCACCACACCCGGUUACCCGCUGGAGUACCCGCCCCACCAGAACUGCCGAUGGGUGAUCACAGCACCCGAACCGUCCCAGCGUAUCGUCCUAAACUUCAACCCGCACUUUGAGCUGGAGAAACUGGACUGCAGGUAUGACUUCAUUGAGAUCCGGGAUGGGAACUCAGAGAGUGCUGAUCUGUUGGGGAGACACUGCAGUAACAUCGCACCCCCUGCAAUCAUCUCAUCAGGCCCAGUUCUGCUCAUCAAAUUCGUCUCUGACUAUGCCCACCAAGGGGCAGGGUUUUCACUGCGUUAUGAAAUCUAUAAGACAGGCUCCGACUGUUCCAGAAACUUCACAAGUCCAUCAGGUGUGAUCGAGUCGCCUGGAUUCCCUGACAAAUACCCCCACAAUCUGGAGUGCACCUUCAUCAUCAUCGUCCCUCCUCACAUGGACGUCACCCUCACCUUCCUGACUUUCGAUCUGGAGAACGACCCCUUGCAAGGCUCGGAGGGCGAGUGCAAGUACGACUGGCUGGAGGUGUGGGACGGCCUCCCGCAGGUGGGACCUCUGAUUGGGCGGCACUGCGGUACCAAAAUCCCCUCUGAAAUACAGUCAUCCACUGGUAUCCUCUCUCUGUCCUUUCACACGGAUAUGGCCGUGGCCAAAGAUGGCUUUUCUGCCCGCUACAACAUGACUCUCAAGGAGGUCAAUGACAAUUUCCACUGCAGUAAUGCUCUUGGCAUGGAGUCAAACAAGAUCAGCGAUGACCAGAUCUCUGCGUCAUCCUCCUUCUAUGAUGGCCGAUGGUCCCCAAGACAGGCUCGGCUUAACUUUGAAGAUAACGCUUGGACGCCCAAUGAGGACAGCAAUAAAGAAUACAUCCAGGUGGACCUGCACUUCCUGAAGGUCCUGACGGGCAUCGCCACUCAGGGUGCAGUCUCCAAAGAGACACACAAGUCCUACUUUGUCACCACUUUUAAGCUGGAGGUCAGCACUAACGGAGAGGACUGGAUGAUCUACCGCUAUGGCAAGAACCACAAGGUAUGAUCACGCGGGAAGGGCACAUUUGAGAAUGUGUGAGAGAUAAAGCAAUCAGUUGUUCUCUGUUAUAGAGAUCUGUCAAGUAAUGUCAGACGCUGUGUGUGUGAGAUUCAGAGGGCCAGAAAAGAUCUGAAAAGACAAAAGCUGAUGACAUAAUUGACUUGUAUCUGUAGUUUCUGUGGAGGGUAAGUUGACAUGCUGGCUCUCCUAGCUUAACAGCUAAGACUUCCACAAGAAAGACAAUGCUGGUCUAGCAUAAACUGGAAAGUCAUCAAAAUUCAUGCCAAUGCUCUUUUUGGAAGAUUAUUAAGGUGUAGGCUGAUAGGAGGCAGAACUCCAUUAUUAGAAACCAAGUGAAUUUGAGCAAAAACCUUCUUUAUUCUAGACCUGUACAGUGCACACAAAAACAGUUUGUCACUUUGAACUUUAAUGUGCUAUUUAUAUUUGAUUUGGGCCUUGGUGUGAUUAAAUAAUCCAC